ACCCACCCCCGGGGCUCAAUGGUAGAGUCCUCCCAGAACCCUUCCCUCUUCCCCUCCGCCAUACUACACCUGGUACCGCCCGGCCCCUUCCCGUAACUUUGACCGCUGGCUCCUCCGCCCCCUGCUCUAGGCUGGCCCGCAGCUUGGGGACUCCCGGCCCCAGGCGACCGGGGCGAUGGCGCCGCCUGCAGGCGGGGGCGAGGAGCCGGAGGGCGCGCCGCUGGAAGAAGCGGUAGUGUUCGUGGAGGUGCGUGGCCUGGGACCCGAGUCAGGUCCAGGGCCCGAUGGGCUGUGGCGGCUGCAGCUGAGCACGGAGGCCGCGCGGCCGGGGCACUUCCGCUUGGCGCUGCAGGGCUCUGGGAGCCCUCCCGGGGAGGGCUUGCAAUGGCCCCUUGAAUCCGUGACCUGCACCAGCCGCGGCCCCUGUGAGUUAGAACUACAGCCGCCUAAGGAAGGGCCUGGGCCAGGUGCUCUGACUCUGUGCUUCCAUGAUACUCAAGACGCGCAGCGCUGGGGUGCGCUGUUGGAGAGAGCUCGGGAUCCUGCCCUUCGGGGCUCAGCUGCUGCCAGCUCUGCCUCAGCUCCUACCCCAGGGAUUUUGCCCCCUAGUAUCUCCACACCACCUCCAGCUUCUGAGGCGGAGUCCCUAUGGAGCCCUCAGGAUUUUUCUGAGAAAGAGGAUUUGGCAAACCGACUGACCCUGGCCAUCUGUGGAGGCGAUGAGCAGGGAGCAGCUCAAGCCGCCGCAGCUCUGGCCCAGAGGCAGGUGCCUCUCAACAUUGUGCUCCAGGAAAGCUGCUUUCCCCCAGGGCCCAUCAGGCUUCAGGUCACAGUGGAGGAUGCAGCAUCAUCAGCUCACAUCUCUCUGCGGGUUCAUCCUCACUGCACUGUAGCAGCCCUACAAGAGCAGGUGUUCAAAGAGUACGGCUUCCCUCCUCGGGUGCAGCGCUGGGUAAUAGGCCGUUGUUUGUGUGUGCCCGAAAGGAGCUUGGCCUCCUACGGGGUACAGAGGGAUGGAGACCCCGCCUUCCUAUACCUGCUUUCUGGGCCCCCUGGGCCUCACGGUGCUCGGUCUUCAGGCCGAAGGCUAGAAGCCAGGGAGAAGUCAAAUGGGGAGAUCAGCUCCCCUCUCACCCAUCCACCUCCACAAGGCUCUCGUCCACCAGCCUCCACCAACCUUUCUGGAUGCCUGCAAGUUGGCUGGUCCUGCCCUUCAUGCACCUUCAUCAAUGUUCCUGGGAGACCAGGGUGCGAGAUGUGCAGCACCGAGCGACCUGCCUUUGGAAGUCCCCAGCCAGAGGCUCCUGCUCAACAGCCCCCAAAGGUUACAAGAUGGGGAGAAGACUUGGCAAUUCCUCCCAGCAGCGGGUCCUUGGAUGCCUUCCUUCACUUGUCAAGUGAAUUUUCCUGACGCAAGAGGGUCAAAUGGACAGACUGGGGACAGAUCCUAACGUAGAGGAUCAAGGAAGGCCAAGAAUGACUUACCCACUUAAGCCUAGAUGGACAACAGGAUGGAAAUUAGACUAUAAUAAUAAAAAUAACUCAUCAUAUUUGGAGAAGAUUGAGUAAAAACACUUUUACAUCCAUAAUCUAAGCCAGGCUCCUAUGAUUGAGACCUCUCCCCGAUAUGUGCUGGGAAGCUGGAGUUCAAUUCAGCAGACACCUGCAGUUUAUAGUGCUUUGUGAUCAGUACCAUCUCUGCAUGUCUACAUGGAAUCCCUGCCCUUCACAGACCUCUUAGGCAGAAAGAGAAUAAAAACAGACAACUAAAAUAAACAUUACUUAAAUUAAUCAGAAAUCAAAACCAGGGUGUUCUGUGAAAUCAAGAGGGGUUAGAAAUAAUUUUUUUCUGGAAGAGAGUAUAGAUGAGAAUAGGAUUCUUGAAAGAGUAGAUACUUGGACUUUAAAAGAAGUCAGGUAAAAAGCCACCAAUGUGGGAAUGUGCAGGGUAUGUGAGAAUUGUCCAGUUUGGCUAGAAUAAUGCUGGAGGCAUAAAUAUAAAAUAAGGCUAGAAAGGUAAAGGGUUGUGGAGGUCCUUGAAUGACAGGAUAUUUUAAGAGUUAAAAUGGGUUUAAAAAUUUCCUUUUCACAAUAUAAAAUUUCAACUUUCCUCAGGAGGCUCUGCAAUAGGAAACUCCUAGAGUUUACAGCAGGGCUGAUGUGACUGAAUCUUUAGGUAAGGAAGAAUCACUAUGAAGAACUGGGAUCAAUAUAAAAUAAAGUCAAGAAAACCUACUUAAGGUUAUUUUGAAUAAUAUAGUUAAAAAUAAAAGCCUAUGCCAGCGUGGUGACUGUAAGAAUAAGGAGGUUGUGGGUGAGAGAUGUCGAUAAGGUAGAACGUUGACAGAACAGCAAUUGAUUGGAUAUGAAGGGGUAAAGAAAAGAUACCCAAGGUGACAAAUAUAGGAGAGUGGAAGAAUAAAAUAGGUUUAGUAGGGGAAAAGAUUCUGGCAGGAUAUAAAAGGUAGAAAAGUAGCUUGGGGCAUCAUCUCCAUAGGAAUAAUUAAGAUCACUAAUGGCAGAGUAUAGAGAGAAGAGAGCCAUGGAAAGCUACCUGGAGAAUGCCCACUUUAAGAAAUCCUGAGUCAAAGGAGAAACUGUGGACUAUGUAGGAAAACAUGAUCAGCACUAAAAUGAUGGGGAAGUACUGGAGAAUGAGGUCUGAAUAGAAGCCACUGGAUCAUGUGAUUGGAAGUCAUUGGCAACCUUUGAGAAAGCAGUUUCAGCAAGAACUGUAAAGAUGAAAGCCAGACAAGAAGAGAUUGAAAAGAUGGAAUGGUAAGGAAAUGGUAUAAAUGUCAGGUAUCAUCAGGCAUUUCCUAAAAGUAAAUGGAUGGUACAGUGGACUGAGUACUGUAAAAAUAAAAGCCAAAAAUAAACUAUUUAUUUAAAAUAUAAGGAUAAAAGGAUUUUUAACUCUAAGGGAUUCUAACUCCACCCAAAUAAAACUCCCUGGUUCCACAAGAAACCAUUUCUCCUGUUUUCACAGGCUACAAUAAUCCUUCCUGAUCUGACUAACCCAAAUUUUUACUAUUAUAAUAAAUAAAACUACCACAUCCUUAUA